UUCGAAGCUUCAAAGUUGUCGACCUCUGAUCCUGCCCAGGUGGGCGCUUCUGCUUCUCUCAGGCCUAGUCAGGGUUCCUGGUACUAGUACCUAGAAGCAGCCUCUGGCUUAGGUCUGAAUCCUUUCUGGCAGGUUCCGGUGAUCAUGUGGGGAUCAAGCGUGGAGCCGAGGACGUGGUGCACGAGCUCAUGCGUGUCGGUGGCGCCAUAAGUGAUUUCACAUUGACCAAGUGACACGCGCCGUAAGUACUUGGAAUUCGCUUUGUUUGGCAGCAGUCCACUCGCGCAUUUUGAAGUAUGGCUGAGCCUGUUGUCUUUCCAGGCUUCAAGGAGAAAAGGGUGCUUGUUACAGGCGGGUCUUCUGGGGUCGGUUUUGCGACAGCUCAGGCGUUGAGCGCCAGUGGGGCCGUAGUAACCCUCCUAGCCCGCAAUGAGGAGCCGCUGAAAGCAGCCUGCGAGGAGCUGCCAGGCACGUCACACUACGUCGUGGCGGAUCUGACGGAAGUAGCGCAGCUGAAAGCAGCCGUCGCGGAUGCUGUUCAAGUCAUGGGCGGCCUGGAUGUGUUGAUAGCCAACGGAGCUAACGGCGGGUCCGAGUACCUGGGGCAGCCGGCAUGGGAGCCGGAGUCCUUCACGAGUCUUCACCAGAUACACGUCAACUCGUUAGUCACUCUGGCACAGGCGGCGUUGCCUGAGCUGAUCAAGUCGCGCGGCAACAUAGUCUCCGUCUCGUCGGCAGCCGCUGAGACGCCAUGGCCGCAAACCACGCCCUACAACGUCGCCAAAGCUGCUCUCAACGCCCUUAUUCACAGUCUCGCAAUAGCCCAUGCCAAGCACGGAGUGCGCGUCAAUGGAGUUUUGCCAGCUUGCAUCCACACCCCGCAUCUAGAUAAGGCAGCUGAAAAGAAAGGAGUCAGUGCCGAGGAGUACGCGAGCGCUCGCGCCAGGAGUCAUCCACUCGGCCGGGUUGGGACGGCCAAAGACGUCGCGGGUGCCAUUCUUUUUCUGGCGUCUCCAGCUGCCGCAUUUGUCACAGGCGAACUUCUUCGAGUUGACGGUGGGCUUUCGCUAACAAAUUGGUUCAAUACACAAGAGAUGAUGAGAUCAUAAGCCGCCUGGUCAGAAUUUCCAAUCCCUGACCAUGUUGCCCUUUUCGAGGCUGAGGGAUCUUAGAACGCUGAAGAGUUGCUCGGAUUCAAAGUUCAUGCAUCUUGAGUGGAUCUAACUCCCUGUUCCCAUCUUCAAUCCGAGAUUGCAGCAUCUGGUGUGCGAUCCUAUUCUGAGCUCAACGUACAAUGUAGUCGCAUAUGUACCCGUUGAACCGCUUACGACAUGCCAGCGUAAGGUUGAUGUAGUGAUAUGGCCAAUCUGAUAGGACGGUCCCCAAUCGACGCUCGGUUGAUUACAUCAAUCCUCGUUUCAUGAAAAACGAUUUCGUGCAAGC